CAAGAACAAUGACAACGCCGAAAAUAUCUAAACAGAGAAGAACAAACAUUUUGACAACAAAUCCAUGCACCGAUAAAUGAAUGUUGGGGUCGUUUGUGCGUCUGUUUUUAUUGCUUCUAUUAUUUCAGAGUGGAUGUUUACAGUUUAUAGUAAGGGAUCCGUGUCAUCCGGUGACUACUAAUACUUGACGUAGUUAACUGUGGCUGGCUAGCUACCGAGCUAGCUGGCUAAUAGCGGCUAGUGAAACUUUUUAACACCGAUGUGAAAACAUGGACUGGGGCGUUUCCGCAGGCAUUUACAAAGGUGACUCUUUACCGCUGGCGUCACUGCGCCUCCUGGUCCCACCUUUCCAGCUCAUGACAGCCUCUAUGUGGCAGGUGCUGAAGAAGCAAGAUGUCAUGAACUACUGGAAGGUGGCAGAGUUUGUCUCAUUGGUGGUGGACAUGGUCCCAGACCUGCUAAUGUACAAGCACAGGAGUCAGCUGAACCUUGGAUUAAGAGCUAGGUAUAUUAUUGAGCUGUGCCGAAGUGAACAGCUCAUAAAACCAGAGUUCAUCUUGUCUUACCUGGAGAAGAUUAGAUCACCAGAGCCCACCGUGGACAAUGUUAAAGAGGAGGAAGUGGCAAUUAACUUUUCUGAGUUGGUUCAGACUCUCCUCAAAGACCCUGAAGAGAGACAAGACUUUUUCUUGGAGGUCUUCCCUGCAGAGUUUGGACCUCAGUAUGACAGUGAUUUGCAGACACUGUUUGAGGAGUUUCUCCAUCGACUGGCUCAGCUGUUGCCAGUUCCAGACCUUGAGCAGACUGUUUCGUGGCUCGGAGCCAAGUGCUCUUUGUUGGAGGACUGUGUUCAUUCAGUUUCUGAACCUACAGAUUUGAAAAAUCUACUCCGGCACCACAAAAACCUUGGACAUUUAGAGCAACAUGUUCCACCUUCUAGUAUGGGCGACAGCAUCCUUUCGUCACUCUCUGCAGUUCCACCCAGCAGAGUGGCAAAGCCUACAGAACAGCCCAGCCAGUCAAGUCCGCUGCAAGGCCUCAGCGAGGAUGCACAGACAAUAUCUUUUGUGGAUGAUGUAGCAGUGGAAGUAAUUACAGUGACAGAUUAUGGAGAGGUUGAACUGGGCACGGCCACAGGCGCUGACUUCGAGGUGGCGAUGGGAGAAAACUGCUUUGAAGGAACAGAUGCUAACAUAGUGGUUGAUGGUUCGCUGGUUAUGCUUCCUGAAGAGAAGACCAGGGAGGAGGAAGCAACACAAGACAAAGCUCCAGGCGUGGCCAAGGACAGCUUGGCAUCUUCUCAACGUAAAACCUCUGUGGGACCGCAUGACUGUCCCGACUGCGAGAAGAAAUUCAAGUUUGCCUCGUCACUAACCGCCCACAGGGUCAUCCACACCGGAGAACGCCCCCACCGCUGCGUCGACUGUGGUCGCUGCUUCUCCUUCAGACAGUCCCUGGACAGGCACAGACACACGCACAAAACCGGAUGCAAGUACGACUGCAUCAUCUGCGGCGAGACCUUCGGCUCCUUGUCAGCCUGCACAGAGCACAAGCAGACGCACAUGGAGGACGGUGUUUACACGUGCCACCGGUGCAGCAAGACAUUCAACUGGGAGCUGCCUCUUGCGAGGCACCUGAAAACUCACACAGAUGGUCCAAAUGCAAACAAGCCUGCAGGACGUGUUGAGGAUGGGCAAGAGGCCGCAGUAGCUUUCGACGAACCCAGCAAGGCUAACGGUGAACUCGCUGAAUCUGACUCCCAGGUGCGAGCAGAUGACAAAGUUGAUCAGACUCCGCAGAGUGCAGAGGGUGAGAGCAGUGAGCGUCCCACCUCUGAGUCUGGAGGUCCCAUCGCCGAACUUGACAACGAUGACAUCUCCCCUGUCAAGGUCCGCACGAGCGGGCGCAAACGGAGACCCACCAUGAAGAUCCAGGUGAUAAAUUUACAGAAGCGCAUGACUACAGGGAAAAGGAAGAACACCAUGGUGAACCCUCCAGCACUGAAGCCUUUGCCUUUCAAUUGUGCAGAGCACUCUUAUGGGUCACCCUUGGUCUCAACAAAGGAUGGCGACGAAACUUCUCCACAAGGUUCUGCACCAGAUGCCUCAUUGGCUGCUUUCUCUUGUCCGAAGUGUUCCUUCCACCAUACAGAAGAAGCGCAGGUGCAGCAGCACAUAGACAUGGUUCACUCUGAUGAGGCUGUGGACGACAAAUUGUCCCUUCAGGCCUUCGCGGACGGAGUGGGACAGUUCAGCUGUUCAGAGUGCGAGAAGACCUUCAGGUUCCAGUCUUUGCUAAAAGCCCACCAGCGCAUCCACACGGGUGAGCAGCCCUUCUUGUGCUCCCAGUGUGGACGACGCUUCUCCUUCAAACAGUCCCUCGAGAGGCACAAGCAGACGCACAAGUCCGGACGCAAGUACGAGUGUCUGAUAUGCGGGGAGUUCUUCAAAUCCCUGGCUGCUCAGAGGGAGCACAAGAGCACCCACAUGGAGAAUGGCGAGUACCUGUGUUCAGUGUGCGGACGGGCGUUCGCUUGGAAGUCGGCGCUGGUGAGGCACCUGAAGACCCACGGCGUGGAUGCCGACAAACCAGAGCAGCCUUUCAAGUGUCCUCACUGUGACCUGGGCUUCAGCUCUGCCAGCUACCUCAGCAGGCACCUCCAGACUCACCAAGAAGAAAGGGUGCACACCUGCAACUGUGGGAAGAGCUUUGCGUACCGGGCAGCUCUCACUGCCCACCAACGUAUUCAUCAGAAGGAGCGGCCGCACAUGUGCACGCAGUGCGGCAAGGGGUUCCUGUAUAAGGGCGGUCUGCUGAGCCACAUGAAGAUCCAUUCUGAGGAAAUGCCCUUCAUGUGUUCCUUCUGCGGAAAGAGCUUCAAGAGGGAGCGCAACAUGAAGAAGCACGAGCGCUGCCACACCAGGGAAAACGUUUUCAGCUGCUCGCAGUGCGACAAGAGUUUCGUGUACAAGGCGACGCUGACCAGACACGAGCUGACGCAUUCAGGCGAGAGGCCGUACCUCUGCUCCGACUGCGGAAAGGGUUUCUUCUCUCACGCCGAGCUUUUAAAACAUGAGCGGUUCCACACCGGCCACAAGCCCUUCCAGUGUCCCCACUGUGGCAAGAAAUUCACUCAGUCCUGCUACCUGACCAUCCACAUGCGCUACCACACCGGGGUCCGGCCGUACUCCUGCACCGAGUGCGACAAGAGCUUCCUGAGCGCCAACCGCCUGAAACGGCACCAGCGAACGCACUCGGGGGAAAAGCCGUACGUCUGUGGGGAAUGUGGGAAGGGAUUCAGGCAGUCUUACAAUCUUAAAAUGCAUCAACGAACACAUGUUAUGAAGUUAACAUAGAUGGCUCUGACUUUAAGUUGAUCUGUAAGUUAAUAUUUUGGAGGCUAAAGUUAUUAAGUUACAGUUUGUGGUUUUGGGAGAGAGUCAGGUAUAGCGGCAUUGUUACAUCUCCUGCAUUUAUUCUAGAAUGUUGUUAUUGAAAAGAGAGGUUCACAAUGAUCAUGCCACUUUUUCCGUUGCAUUGAAUGCGUUUGAUUUCCAAUUAAAGUCCACUGAGCAGCA